AUGAGAAUUUUUCAGAUAUUUUUACUAUCGAAUGGCGGUUAUUACUUGGGAAAGUUGGUGCCGAAUCCGGAAUUCCGCGAGGACGUUGUCGAUCUGCUUCGCGUUUUGCUCAGAAAACAUUCGUCGAUGUUGGAUAGGCAAUUGUUCAACAGAAUGGAGAAAAUGGAGUUUCUCGAGAAAGUGCUAAACUCGAACAAUCCGCAACAAAUUCGAAUGCUCGGCGCGUUCUCGAAGUCGGCGUGGGGUCGAGCAUCGCUUCGCAUGUCGGGAGCAUUGGAUUUGCUCAUUCAGAAGAUGGUCAACACCGAUUCGGACGAGGAGCGCCUAUUCGUUGUUCAGACAUUCAAAGAGUUUUUGCAUGAUAGUGCUGGACUCCGACACAUGGGUGAAAACGAGAGUUUCAUGCGAAAAAUCGUCGACGACGUCGGAAAAUUCGUCGAGAAACACCUCGACGUUUGUCAGCCGCAAAUCGAUUACGAAUCGCUGAAAAUGGCGGAGGCGAAUCCGAAAAUGUUUCCGUUCACAUUGAAAGACACGCAACAACUAUCGGAAGCGUCGCGGCGGCGGCGAAUCGAAAAAGAGAACGAGAUUGAGAAGCUGCACAAGGACUUCUACGCGGUGUGGGCCUAUUAUUCGCCGGCGGCGCCGAGAGCCUCGUCGCCGAAUUACUCGCCGUGCGUGAGUCCGCCGCUGUCGGAUCCGCCGAGUGGCGCGUCGUCGCCGACGAUUCGGCCGAAUGAUUCGAUUCUUCACGAGUUUGUGCCGCCGGAACCAUCAUACGAACGGUUUACGGUCGAAAUGCGCAAAAAUUUGGAAAUGAAAUUGCCGAGAGCUGAGCGGGUUUGGAACAAAACGAUCGAUGGCGAGUUGUCGUUGUUGACUUGGUUGUCGCAAGAUGAGCAGAAUCUGCCGCUUUUGGCACGCGUCGAUAUUGUGGACACGAUCAUCAAUUAUCUUCGAAACACGAGCAAACCGCAAUUCCAUUGCUAUCGCGUGCUUCGCCGAUUGGCGACACUCCGAACGCACGCCUAUCAGCUCAUCGACAUGCAAUUCCAUUUGAAGGUGUUGACCGGUUUGUGCGCGACGCCGUGCCGAAUGCUGAAGCACUCGAAGAAGUGCACGCGUUGCGAGAAGUGCGCCGAGCUCGGACGCGAGAUUCUGCGCGAAUUCGCGACGCACGUCGACAACAGCUACGGCGAUGCGCACAUCAACGCGCAAUUCACCUCCGACGAUUUGGUUGAGCGCACGAAGGCGGCGAUUGCGAAAAUUGUGCUCGUCAAAGAACGGACCCGUCUGGCGAAGGUGCCGUCAUUAUCGGUGCUUUUCGAAUCGCUCACUCAAAUUUUGAGCUCGUCGGAGAAUUUUAAGAGAAUCGGUCUGAAGGCGGCCUUCGAAAACGGGCCGUCAAUUGUCUCGCAAAUCAUUGGCUCGUUGUCGAUUUUGAUAGCCGGAAAAAAAAUACGCCAGCUUUGCAACACCGAUUCGUGGUAUUUUCCGCCGGAAAACGAGAAUUGCAUGAUUGAGAAGGCGAAAAUUGAGGAGGAAAAUACGCCGGAAUUGUUGAAGUUUUUGGAUGAGAAUCAGGAUGAGGUCGUAUCGGCGCCAAUGCACAUCGUUUGCGAGAAGAGCGAGUACUUCCAUGGAAUGUUCUCGUCGGGAUUUCUCGAGCAGGCCAACAACGUGCGAUCAUUCCAAAUCGAUGGCGACAUUUGCACACGCGACGAGUUUCGCCUAUUCGUGCACCUCGUGUGCGAAUGCACCGGCAGUUGUUCGGCGAUCAACGACGCCGAUCAAUGCGCAACUAUUUUGGAGUUGGCCGAUCGCUAUUUGUGUCAUGAUGUGUCGAAAAUGUUGUCAUCCGACAAGGGACCAUUGAGGACGUAUCUACGCGGGACCACACUGCCGAUACUUUUGCCGACGGCGUUGACGACUUGUGCGCAAGAAGGAUCGCUCGAUUACGCGCUGCUGACAUUGAUCCGGUUCGCGACGCCCGACGAGAUAACGACGGCGAUGGAGGCCAUAAGCGGCAAUUCGCUGCUCGUCGAAACAUUUUUGAUCGCUUUGCGCAAAUUCAUCGACGCGCAACGCGUUGGUGACCUACAGUAA